CACUUGUUUAGGGCCAGGCUUAAGAGGAAAUCUCUGAUGAAAAAAUUCCACCAGACGUGGUGCAGAAACCAAUAACCAGGAUGCAGGGUCUGGUGAGGAGGCUGCCAGGGAGGACACAGGAGUAGGCGCGAAGGCUUUGAUUUGUACAGUGGGCAAGACAGGCUGUGCAGAACAGGAACCUGGGGUAAUACAGGGGACAGAGGGCACUGUAGAGUAUAUGGGGGCAGUACAGGGAACAGAGGACACAGUAUGGUGUAUGGGGGCGGGACAGGGGACAGAAGGUACAGUAGCUACUAAUGUGGAAACCACGGCUGGAUCCAAAGCAGCUGAAGGGAGUUUUGAGGUCUCAGCAGGCAGGGCGCACAAAGCUGGGAACUCAGAUGGUACAGAGGUCACAGAUGUUGGGACCUCCACCCAUCCAGAAAGUAGUGAAAUAGGAGCUCUGAGCUGCACAGUAUUG